AUGCCAAAGAAUAUUUUGAAGAAGUUCAUAUGCGUAGCGGAUCUUCGUACUCAAAUUGCUGGUUAUUUAUAUGGUAUUAGUCCCCCAGAUAAUCCCCAAGUGAAAGAGAUCCGUUGCGUUGUGAUGGUGCCACAGUUUGGAUCUCAUCAGCAUGUUAUCCUGCCGUCUUCUCUUCCUGAACAUGACUUCCUAAAUGAUCUGGAGCCCUUGGGAUGGCUGCACACACAGCCUAACGAGCUGCCUCAGCUGUCACCACAGGCAAAGGAAGCCAGCCAGCUUACUGCAGUCACAACAAGAACUACAAAUGUUCAUGGUGAUGAGCUCAUUGUCACCACCACGAGCCCUUACGAGCAAUCUGCAUUCGGUUCCAAAACAGAUUGGCGUGUACGUGCAAUAUCAGCCACUAACCUUUACCUCAGAGUCAAUCACAUAUAUGUGAAUUCAGAUGACAUAAAGGAAACCGGAUACACCUACAUCAUGCCAAAGAAUAUUUUGAAGAAGUUCAUAUGCGUAGCGGAUCUUCGUACUCAAAUUGCUGGUUAUUUAUAUGGUAUUAGUCCCCCAGAUAAUCCCCAAGUGAAAGAGAUCCGUUGCGUUGUGAUGGUGCCACAGUUUGGAUCUCAUCAGCAUGUUAUCCUGCCGUCUUCUCUUCCUGAACAUGACUUCCUAAAUGAUCUGGAGCCCUUGGGAUGGCUGCACACACAGCCUAACGAGCUGCCUCAGCUGUCACCACAGGAUGUAACCUCUCAUUCGCGUAUUCUGGAGAACAACAAGCAAUGGGAUGGAGAAAAAUGCAUCAUCUUGACCUGCAGUUUCACUCCGGGCUCCUGCUCUUUGACGUCAUAUAAGUUGACCCAAACCGGAUAUGAAUGGGGGCGGCUUAAUAAGGACACAGGCAGCAAUCCUCACGGUUACCUUCCCACCCACUAUGAAAAGGUUCAGAUGUUAUUGAGUGACCGGUUCCUCGGGUUUUACAUGGUUCCUGAGAAUGGACCGUGGAACUACAACUUCAUGGGAGUGAAGCACACGGUGAGCAUGAAAUACAGUGUCAAACUCGGGUCCCCAAAGGAGUUCUAUCACGAGGAGCAUCGACCCACUCAUUUCUUGGAGUUUAGUAACAUGGAGGAGGCCGACAUUUUGGAGGGAGAUCGUGAGGACACAUUUACUUGAAAUGUAGUAACUUUUCUUAC